AUGGCGGCUACAGAUCCUUCGAAUGGCGGUCUCUCGCCUGAGGAUAUCCGAGAUGAACGCCUCAUUUCAGCGCUGUGUAGGAACGCACGAUUGCAAAAUGAGGAGAUUCACAAGAAGCGCCAGCGACUGCGCGCUGAGAUUCGAAAGCUCGAGGAGCAAUCCUACGCCAUCGAGGGCCGAUACUGGCAAGAGUACCAGCAACGCCUUGCCGAGAUCGCUGACUCCAACCCAAAGUGGUCUACCCGCAAGUGGAUCAGUGCAUUUGGCGCCAACGAGAAGAAGCUCUCAGAGGCAGUACAGAAACGCCAGGAUAAGCUUCGAGAGGAGGCGCGGGUCAAGCAGCAGGAGUUGGAAACGGUCGAUGGCGAGUUUUGGGGCGCGUGGGGCAAGCACGUGGACAUCAUUAAGGACCUUGUGCCGCUGCCUUCGUCUUCCGGCUUGACGCCGUCUGCGAUGGUGUCUAUUACUCCGCAUCAAUCUACCGAUGGCCCAGCGAACGGGGCUUUGCCUGUAUCUCACAGCAGCAGUCGCGAUCAGCGUGAUUCAAGCACGCAUUCGACCAGUGGCAAGAAGUCAGGUAUCAACAGCAACGGACGUCCAGCAAUUCUAUCUCUACCCAAGCUCUCCAUUGUCACAUCAAAGGCCACGAAGUCCCAAGCUCAACACUUUGUUCAAGACUUGGAAGGACUCGCAGGCGCUGCUCUGCAAGCAGCCGAAGGCGCAAGCCCCCUCGCUGCACCAGCCGACUUUGCUCGUGGAUCACCAUCUGAUCCAAACAAUCAUGCCGGUGUCAAGAAGCAGCGACACCCGCUACCCAGCCCCGCGACGGCAGUGGCUCCAGCCGAGCAAGAAGACGGUCUCAAAUCUCGCUUCAAGGCUCUGACGCCCCGUUCUCUCACUCCAAAGAGUACCAAACCUGGUGUAGAGAGCCAACGCGAGCCUUCACCAGAAUGCACCAAUAACGAUUCUGGUUCAGAAUUCUGGAGCGUUGUUGGCUGCGCAAAGUCUUCAUCUGUAGCCGAAGAGACAGCAUCGAAUGCCCAGUCCGUGCAGGCAUCACCUGCCGCCGAACCACCCGUCCCAUCACCACCCCUCCUCUUAGACCUCACCACCCAGCUAGACCAGAACGACACGUUCGCUGGGGUCACAGACCCAAUCCCAGGCGAGCUCUACCAAGCCUUCUACAAAGACGCCCACUAUGAGGGGUGGUGGAUGUGCACACCUUUGCCCUGGGACUCCUGGGAGCGCCAGAUCGGCAUCAAGUUCAGCUUCCAGCAGGCCAACCUGUUCAAAGACCUGCCGGACUGCUACACAACGGACCGCGUGCGUGCCAAGGCAAAGGGCCGUAGGAUGAAGCCCGUCAUCAAGGGAUGGAAGAAGGGCUUUGAAGUCGGCGGCCCCAAGGCCAAGGAGCGCGUCUUCCCCGUGCUGUUCUUCGACGACACGCCUGGCGAGCCGGGAAACUUCACGUUUCCGCCGCCUGAGAAGGCGUUCACUUUCUCAAAGCAGGCCCUUAAGGCCUUGCCUGCUGAGUGGGUUGCUGCGGCGAACCUGAGGCUGCCUGGUGUUGAUGUUGGCCGUCCGGCUAAGGGCUGUGAGACGGCGGCGCGGUUCAGGGAGAGAGUUCAGGCUUUGAGGGAGGCCCAGGCUAAGAAGAAGUUGGCCACGCCUACGACAUCCAGCCGUGCCCUGUCGUCUUCUGUGGCUGCCAGUUCUCCCCUGGCGGCGAGCAGCAAAGAGGAUGUGGACAUGGCUGAUGCGGAAUCGCUGUCGGGAGCUACUGCCGUCGACGACACACCGCGUCAGCUACCUACUCCGUUUGAGGACAUGACGGAUCGACCCGCGAAGAGAUCGCCGAAGGGGUUUGGAAGGGGAUGGCGGGGUGACAUCCAUCGCUAG